CUUCUUUCCUGAGACCGGACUCUUUCGGCAGCUGAUCUUUUGCUGGGGAUUCCUUCAUGUGCUGGUGCUGUUGCCGUGGCCGACGAAUAUCCAGGCGGUGCGCAGCCUCCUUGAUCUUUUGGAAGCCACCAGUGCGGACAUUUACGUCUUCGCAGCGUCGUAACACAAUCACGGAUUUGGAGCGCUCAACUUGAGCCUCAAGGGAGGCGGUUGCGUCUGAAGAUAAUGUUGCUGCUUCGUCGUGUGGGGCAGCAAAAGCUGAAGUUGAACAUUGCAUCGUCUUCCGUUUGGUGGUGCUGCUGCUAUUGCUACUGUUAUUGCUGGAGCCGUCACCUUCGUCGUCCUGGUUUGAUCGCUGCCGAUGUGGGAUUGCAGGAGAGCGAAGCAUCACAUUCCCUUUGCCCAUGGCGAUCGUUGCGCGGUGCUGCGGACAGCAAAGCGAGCUCGAUCGAUCGCCGCUAUCCAUCGACCGGUCGAACCUCGCCCACCGGAAGGCAACCACAAAAGACAACAAAACUGCGAUGUAGCCAUGUGACGAGUCUAUUUUGGCACUUUCCAAUUGGUAAUAAAUAUAGAUUUGCCGACCGGUUUAGGUAUUGAGACUUCCAUACAUCAUACCCUGUCUAUCUCGAUCAUGACCUUUCAAAU